AUCCCGCCCAUGUUCAGUCACGUGCCCGAUGAGCGAGCGGCUGUAGUUAGCGUUCCUGUCCUGUACCGAACAAACACACUAAUACCAGCUUAAAUAUGUCAAAUCACUGAAUCAUUUCUGCGGCACGGUAAGACGUUUCCUGCUGUUGCUCAAGUGUAGCCGAGCUUAGAUCAUAGAUGAGAAAGCGGAGCUCAGCUGUCCAUUCAGCCGCGUGAGAGCGCUGCUAGCUAGCCACUAAUUUACACACAAUGCUGUUACAGCAAGCGGGCUCCUGAGUGACUGACACUGGGUGCCUCUAAAAUAGCUGCUCUCUGAAUCGUCGACCCGGACACUGUUCAUCCGGACCGAGCACGAUGAGAGACAGCAGUUUUGUGUUACAGAGAUAAUGUUAGCAUCAGUGUAUUUGUUACAGAUAUCUAGCGGCAGUUAGCUCAGGCAUGUAGACUGAAAGCUAAUAAACGACGAUAGCAAUGUGACCUUAUGAUGAACCAAUGCAAUCUCUAGAUGUUUCAGGAAAUAAUAGUGCAAACUACUACUGCUGAGGACAAAAAUUAACCCCCAGAAAUGAAAAUUCUGGCAACAUUUAAUCGCCUUCAUGUCAAUCCGCUUUCUGUUUUAGAUAUUUUAAAGAAUAUUUAUUUAGAUAUUUUAAGAAGUGGCACAGUGGUUUUUGUCACCGUGAAAGUCACUGGAAACCGAAACGGUUCUUCAAAAUAUCUUCUUCUGAAUUCAUCUGAAUAAAUAAAGUCAUACAGUGUCACCAGGCUGAACGAUCAUUUAAUAUGCGUAACUUAAUUGUUUUAAGAUCUACACAUUUCAUGAAAUAUAACGAAAUUCCUGUUACCCCCCAUAUAUAUAUUAAUCUUGGGUUUAGACUGUACAUUUAAAAUUUGUAGUAGCACAUUCUUCAUCACAUAUUAAAUAUGCUCAGUUUAUUAUUUAAUUAAAUGGAUAAUUCACUCAAAAAAAAGAAAAUUCAAUCAUGAUUUACUCACCUUCACGUUGGUCCAAACCAACUUUUUUGUUCCACGCAAGCGAGAAAGUUCAACAGGUACACUUUCAACAGGAGGGGGGUUUGAGACUAAUGCGGGGCACUACGGACCGGAAACAUGCAGCAGAAGCGCAACAUUCAGAUCAUAGAAUGGGAGGACUUAGACAAACGCAAGUUCUACUCCUUCGGGGUCUUCAUGACCAUGACCAUCCGCGCCACGGUCUACCCGGCCACGCUGAUCCGCACCAGGCUGCAGGUUCAGAAGGGGAAGUCUCUCUACACCGGGACCUACGAUGCCUUCCGAAAGAUUCUGAGAGCUGAGGGUCUGAGAGGACUUUACAGGGGCUUCAUGGUGACCACAUUCACGCUCAUAUCAGGGCAGGCGUACAUAACCACCUACGAACUGGUAAGGAAAUAUGUCUCCAACUAUUCUAAAGACAAUACGGUGAAGUCCCUAGUUGCGGGAGGCUCUGCCUCACUGGUGGCCCAGAGCAUUACCGUUCCCAUAGACGUCAUAUCACAGCAGCUCAUGAUGCAGGGCCAAGGGGAGCAUCUGACCCGCUUUAAACUCAAACCCACAAUGGAAGCAACGCACUCUGUAUUUUUCGGCCAGACGAGAGACAUCAUUGGGCAGAUAUUUGCUGCGGAUGGCAUUCGUGGCUUUUAUCGAGGAUAUGUGGCGUCUCUCCUCACAUACAUCCCCAACAGUGCCGUUUGGUGGCCGUUUUACCACUUCUAUGCAGAGCAGUUGUCUAAGAUGGCUCCCAGUAACUGUCCUCAUCUCUUGCUGCAGGCAGUGGCUGGACCUCUGGCAGCUGCCACUGCCUCCACUGUCACCAACCCCAUGGAUAUCGUCAGGGCCCGGGUUCAGGUGGAGGGCAGGACGUCAGUCACUGAGACCUUCAACCAGCUGAUCAGAGAGGAGGGAUUCUGGGGGAUGACCAAAGGCCUCUCUGCUCGCAUCAUAGCCUCAGCGCCCACAGCAAUAGUCAUGGUAGUCGGUUAUGAAACUCUGAAAAAGCUCAGCUUACGCCCAGAGCUGGUUGACUCGCGACACUGGUAAAAAAAGAAAAAAAAAGAAAAAGAAACUUUACAGUGUGUCAUCUCCACUAUGACAUUUUCACUCCACCUUAUUUUCCAUGUUUGCCUUUUAAAUCUCCUCCCUUGUGAUGCUUCAGUGUGACAGUGCUGAUUGCUUUUGGGUGAUUAUAAAUCUUUUUUUUUUUUUUUUUAUCUAAUAGUAACACUGCAGCUUUUGAGCUCUGUGUUACUGUCUGUCAAUGGGGGAAAUGCUGCUCAGGUUUGUAAUCAGUGUAUGAGGCACAAAAGUUUUUCUUGAAUUAAUUUUUAAGAAGUAUGUGAUCUAACAGAUUGAAUGUUUUAGAAAAAUACUAUUUUAUGACUAAUUUAUUGCUCGUUGUAUAAGUGGGAUAAGUCUUCAGUCAUUGUUAAAUUGUCAGUAGUAUAUAAACAAUAUUUCUUUUAAGAUUUAAUUUAGAGCGCUCACUUUGUUGUUCUGUCCCUAAAAAAGCCUUUUUAUCAGUAGCUGUAAAGUUUAUAUUGUACUUUAAGUUUAUGUACCCAGGUCUCUUCAUGUGCACCUUGUUCACCUCUGAAUGUGCUUUUCGUCGUUUUUGUGAGGUGUUGGGAUUUAAAGUUGCCAAAGCUAAACAAAUAUUCAAGGAAAAUCUUUUGCUGACAAUGAAUAAUGAAAAAUCUAAACCGAUUGUAAAUAUAUGGGGUUAUAUGUGUGUGUGCCCUUCCAUUUUUACUCAGUCUUUCCAACCUUUCUUCUAUACCAUGAGCCGAUGUUUAGCGUAAUGUUUGAGCUGCUCUUAAAGCACUGAAAGUAAAUGGGGAUGAGCGGUCACGCUCUAAAAAGGACAGCUUAGCAUUAUAAUAGUGCAUCAAAAUAUCCAACUUGUGCGCAAUAUUCAACAUUUGGUCAAGUCAUCCUUUCGAAGUGGAAAACUUCUGCAAAUCUUUCACUCUGUGGAGUAUCCCAUUUUGGACACUCUGCUACAGUGUUCAGUCAAAGUGGGAACCGAUAACACAAUGUUAAUUUUUGGGUGAAUUAUCCUUUUGAGAACAUCGUAUAAUGCAGUAAACCAUGGGAAUAGAAAGACGUUUUUUUUGUUUUUGAUGUCUGAGAAGCAGAUGUAAGAUCUCAAAAGAAAAAAAUACCUGUAAAUAUAAAGUAGAGAGUAACUGUAUCCAGAAGGACAGCAUUUAUAAAGCAUUCAGAUUCUG